AUGACGGACUACGUGACACCCGGGCGAAACCCCCAUACAGCCGGAGUAAGAACAGGCGUUGGGGACAGUGGAAGUGCAGGCAGGCGCGUGGUGCGCUCUGCCCUCGAGCUUCUUGCUGAAACUGCGUCACCCGAGAUCCUGCGGGGGCAGACAUCGUCUCCCAGCGCGGUGGCCCCUGCGAAAUUUACGAUCACGUACGCCACUGCCCCGGCAGUGUCUUUUGAUGUGACUGAUCCGAAGCAGCAGCUACGGCAGUUCCCGUCGGCAGGGAAAGGGAACAGUGCGAUGACGCCGGUGACCACGGAGGAGCCAAGCACACUGUUGUUUCUUUCACCAGCCCCUGUUACUGGUGGAUCGGACAGCGCCGUCAAGAAGCGUCUUUUCAAAAAGAAAAAGAAGAAUAUAAAACUUUCUGAUUCCGUGAAGAAGGCAUCGGUGGCAGCGGCUGCAAGAGAAAUGUGGGAUCCAGAAGCCUCUGCAUGUCAAAACGUAUCCAACAAUGACGAACACGAGAACAAAGCAUCUGGAGGAGAGAGAGUUGUUCUUGGCCCUGGCACGAAUGGCUUGCGCGAUCAGGGAAUGCUGCUGAGUAAAAACGAGCCUCUCUUUACAGAAGAGGAGGUGCAAGAAAGAAUAUUGGUGGCACUGAAGGCUUAUGAGGCUCGUCGUGAUGCGGAAGAGGAGUCGGUGCUGCAGGAGGUGGGCCGCGAGAUCGAGUCACAGAAUGAACGUUAUGACAAACUGCUAAAGGAUAAGCAGGCCUCUGCUGAGGAGUGUGACGUUCUUCAGGCGAAAAUGGAACAGCUUGCAAUGCAGUGUGAGGCGCUGCAAAACACCAUUGCAGAGCUGCAUCAGGAGCUACAAGAGGCUCGGAACAGGGCCUCACGUGCCGAAGUGGAACUCUGUCACGCACAGGACGAAAAGCGCCUGACCUCCUCUGAGUUGCAACAAGAGCUGAACUUUGAAAAGGCGCAGUGGAAGCUGGCACAAGAGGAAAUGCAGCGGCAGAUCGCCGAGUUUGAGACGCAGCUGCAAUCUCGCACGUUUGAAUGGCAUGAACUACAGGAAACCUCCCAUGCGAAGGAGAAUGAGCAAGUUCGGCUCUCACAACAGUUGGAGGCGUGCCAGACAGAGCUGGAGCAGUGGCAACAGAGGCAUAGUGAGUCUCAGGCGGCUGUUGCAGAGCUACAGGAACUGAUUGGAGCCAAAGAGGCACUAAUUCGACAGCUACACGUCAAGUUGCAGGAAGCGGAGAAGGCUGUGAAGCGGGCGGCAACCUCAACACGAGACGAACAGACUCAAAUUGAGUCACGUUUGCAAUCCGUUGAGGAGGCACUGCAGCAGCAGACGGACGAGGUGCGGCGGAAGGUGCACCGCGUUCACGUUCUUGAAAUGGAGCUGGCGAAGGCAGAGAAAGUGGGCAAGACGCGGCAUUGUGCCAUUCACGAGGCCACCAAUCGCUUCUCCGCUAUGCACUCCACAUUAGAGGAGCUUGUAGAAAUGUUUCGCACGUCGCGUCCUAUGCGAUCAUGUUCGCGGGGGCUGCGGGAAGCGCUCUUUCCGACGUCGGAGUGGGGCGAUCCUCAUCCUGGCGCCGCAGAGGGACGCUUCGCGAGGGAAAAUGACACCUUUUGUGGCUCCAAGUGGGAAGAAGCAGCGGAGGAAGGGGAGGGGGAAGAAGAUGUGGAAAACAGCAUUUUUGAACUUGUCAUGUGCAGAGAGCUUCGUGAUGAUCUGCGUCAGGGACGUUACUUCUCAGCGAAGACGACUGCCCCGAUACAACAGCGGAAGACAAACACAGAGCGACCACGCGGGAGUAUGCCUUCCAAAGCGUUAAAAAAAAACACAAACGAGGAUGCCGAUGAGGCAGACGAGUGUGGUCGAUUGCGGCGGUGUCAUCGGCUAUGUGAACGUCUCUUGGAGACCCUGCGGCGUCUCCACCUUCAACGCCGAGAGCAGAUGCAGCGUCAGUUCCAGCAGAUUGAGGCGCGACAGGUGGAAAAAAGCAAGGCAGAGAUAACGCGCUGCCAGAACGCGCUUGCUGCCUGCCAAGCUAGUGUAGAGGAAAGCAAACAUCAGGAGCGUUUAAUGCGUGAGGAGUGUCGCCAGCGUAGCGAUGAGGUGAAGCGGUUGGAGGCUGCACUUGUAGAGAUGCGUGCUGGGGGGCAGGAGAUGAAGGAGGAACAGAAAAGGUUAAUGGAACGUAUGGGGGAGCUGCAGCGCGAGCGCGGCAUUUUGAAUCUUCAACUAGAGGCCAGUCAGCAGGACUGUGUGGAGUUGCGUGAGCGAUACGAGUCGGCACGCGCAGAGGCGGAGGAGCUGCGGGAACGCGUGCGUCUGCUUGAGAACAGUCAACGCUCACAAGAGGAGGUGAUGGAGGCGAAGGCGAAGGCUUUAGCGAGGAUGGCGCGCUGCACUGAGAAGUUGAAGAAGACAGAAGGAGAAUGCCAGGCCCUCCGUGACGAAAAUGAGGUCCUCUCAAACAAAGUGAAGUCUAUGCUCCUGCAGCUACAGACCUCUCGUAUGCAGCAGCGCAGCAAAGGCAGCGCAGCAUCUGUGCGGCAGCAAAACCAACAGCAACAACAACAAGAGGAGUUAACAGCGUUAACGAAGGAAAUGGGGGCGUUGCGCAAGUUGCAAGAAUCCGCUGCAGCCAUGCAUGCCAAGGAGCGUGCAGAGGCGGAGGUGUCCUUAAACAAACUCGCGGUACAGAAAGAAGAGCUGCGUGAUGAGCUGGUUCAACAACGGCGCGCGCUGGCUGACGCUCUCAGCGAGGUGGAGUUGCAGAAGCAGGCGGAGGCAGCCACGCUGCGUACUCUGAUGAGCAUUCAUCAAGCUGGGGGUGAGGUGUUUAAUGACACCUGCGUGGACGGCAACAGCCCACACGGGGUGCAGCAGCGACUGUUCGAUGCUAGCCCCAUACUUCACACGGAGGAUAACGUGAGUACAAAUCGGGGAGAGUUGACAAUCCUUGACCUUCGAGGGCGCGUCGUGUCUCUGGCGCAGCGGGCCGUCUUGGAACUUGCGCGACUAAGAGAAGCCGUUCCCCAAAGAACGCGGACUGGGGCGGGUGACAGACUGGAAAGUUUUCAGGCAGCGGAGCAAUUUGCGUGGGAGGCAGCGCAGCGCUCUGCUGCUCGACGACAGCUUUGCACUGAAGAUAACGGGGUGGCCGUGUCAUCAGCGCCUCCGCCAACUCAGCGGGUGGGGCCCGUGCUGCGUAGUAUUAGUCAGCAGAAACGACAACAACAAAAGCAAAAGGUGCAGUGUCAUUCACUUGGGACUCCUGGUCGCUGCUCCUUGGUGCAUCGGUCGCCAUCACCAAAACAGGUGGACAGGGAUGUGAUUCCUAUCGGCUUUUCCCCCAAGCGCCACUCUGUGUCCUUUACGGCUGUGGAUGCCGUGAGCCGAACGACAAGGGGCGAACAAAAGUUUUCACGCCAUUGCGCUUCCUCUUCCUCACUGGCUUCGACCGGUGGCGUGUCAAGGUCUCGCUCUGUUCCAGGGGUUUUGGAUGGGAACUCUUCCCCGGCCAGGCCACCGAUGCUUCGAGCACCGUCGGUGCGUUGA